AUGGACCAGGACAGCUUGCUCCACUUCCCCUCCUACUCCCCGUCGUCGUACACGCCCCUGCCGCCCUUUCCCUGCCCAGCUCCCAGCACCACCAGCAGCGGUCAUGGGCACAGGGGCAAUCCCGCCCUCGUUGAGGAACUGCGGCAGGCCGUGGCCCUCCAGACAGGCCACCCCGAACCCCCCAGCUCAUCUUCUUCCUCUACUCGCGAGCGGCUGGACUACUUUGGGUUCCCGGCCACCACCGCCACCAUCCACUUUGACGAGGACAAGCACCGGGUGUGGUACCCGCACGAGAACUACAUCCCUGUCAACCUUCACCUUCUCGCCAGCACCCUUCUCGAUGCCGUGAGCUUCGAGGAACUAUGCGGGGUGUACCUCUACGUGGUGCAGGCCAAGCACGAAGCCCUCACCCGCGAACUGCAGCUCUACCAGACCCUCUUCAACCCGGCCCUGCGCCAGAGCGAUAAGCACGCAGCGGGGCAGGGCGGGGUUGAAGACGAGACGAGGCGGCAGCGCAUGAUCAACAGCUUCAUCCACAACUUUGUGCGCACCAUGCGCAAGGCCAACUUCAAUCCGCUCACCCAGGAGCAGAUCAAAUUCGCAGCCAACCCCGAACAGAUCUUGUUUGGAGUGCCGAUGCGCAUCGACUGGGACAAGCUGGAUUCAAGCUUGCUGGAGGCCUACUUCAACUCGGUCGACGAACCCGACAUUCCUCCGCCUCCGCCCUUUGCUCGCAACAGACGGACCGGUCGCUUCGUGCUGGCCAAGCUCGACCUCCUCAUCCAACGCGGGCUCAACAUCUUCAAGGCCGCGCUCAGUCCCAUCCUCCCCUCGCCCAAGAUACGGAUCAGCGAUGGGCUGGCAUCGAUGGCGCAGGACUACAUGAAUACCGGGGCGGAGCCUGAGCAGCCCCACACCAGCAUCCACCUGCCUCGCUUCAUCGACCGCAAGACGCUCCUCACCACCGCCGCGUCGCUGUUCGAGGAGGUGACAGUAGAGGAGCCGACGUACAAGGAAGUGGUGCUUCUGUUCAAGAAAAAGAAGAACAGCAGCAGCGGCAGCAGCGGGGAGGACCAGGCCCACUGCAAGCCCGACGAGAACGCCAUCUUCAUCCAACGGUUCUACGAUAUUCCAAUGAAGAAUUUGCAGGUGGUGUUUCCGCUGCAGCAGGCUGGAUGGAACUGGGCCGACAUGGUGUCCUUCCUCAUGCUCCUCUCCUUCUCCGUCACUCUCGCCUUCAAGGCCUUCUUCACCCUCGCCCAUUCCACGUAUAUUGACGAGGCGGUGCUGGGUAUUCUGGUGCUGCUGUUCCCCCUCUUCGUGCGCUGGGUCAACCGAAAGAUCGGCGCACAGCGGUCCCAGUACCAGGCGAAGAACAUGGCGGCGCGUUCGCUGCGGAACAAUUCGCUGAACUGCAACAAGAGCGUGCUGUCGUACAUCCACGAGGCGGCCAUCGAGCAGGAGAUCAAGGAGGCCCUGCUCGCCUACUUCGUGAUCUGGCAGUGGCGCGACGGCAUCCGCAAGGACCAGCUCGACGCCGCCAUCGAGCACCUCAUCAAAGCCAACUUUGGGGUGGAGGUGGACUUUGAGGUGGACGACGCGCUCCACAAGCUGCUCGCGUCGUCCCUGGCCUUCACCAAACGCGAGACGGGCAGGGGCGGCGGCGGCGAGGAGCUCUACUUUGCGGUCCCCCCUCACGAGGCCCUCGACGUCGUUCAGAACGAACUGGUCCUCGCCGCCAAGCGACACUUUUCUUGA